CCAAUCGGUGCUAUGCGUCAUUCUAAGUCAAGCGUCAACUCAAAAUGAGUGGAUUAUAAUAACCUCUUUUGCGAAAUUGUACCAUAAUAUUAUCACAUAUAUAAAAACGUGGAUUUCUAAUAACAAAAUGUCGACUGAUAUUAUUGAGAAGUUGUACCAGAAUUACGGAAUAUUAGCUGAUGCAAAAGAAGACAUCUCUAAGCAUGAAAAAGAAUAUUUGGAGAUUUUGGCGGCUGUAAAAGGAUCCGAUAAAGAAAAACGUUUAGCAUCUCAGUUUAUUGCUAAAUUUUUUCACAGUUUUCCUAAUCUUGCUGAUCAGGCCAUAGAAGCCCAAUUCGAUCUUUGUGAGGAUGAUGAUGUUGCUAUACGCAAGCAAGCAAUUAAAGACUUGCCUACAAUGUGCAAAACAAACAAAGAACACACUCAAAGGAUUGCUGAUAUAUUAGCACAACUAUUACAAUCCGAGGAUGCAACUGAAAUUAAUGUUGUAACAAAUUCAUUAUUGACUAUAUUGAAAGGUGACCCAAAAGGUACACUAGCUGGGUUAUUUUCUCAAAUACAUCAAAGCACAGACAGUGAGGUUACCAAUGAGAUAGUCAGAGAAAGAUGUAUUAAGUUUUUGGCAACCAAAGUUAAACAACUUGGACGCGAAGUUAUUAACAAAGAAGCAGAAGAAUUGAUUAUUGUUGAAUGCAAGAAAAUCUUAGAGGAUGUUGUAGCUGAAGAAUUUGAGUACAUCAUGGAACUAUUGACAUGGUCUCGGCUGGGUAAAACACCAGCGGGAAAGAAGGAACUGGUGCAACUGGUGGCAGCUCUAGCAUUGACUCCUGAUGACUGGCACCCGGAAGAUCCUGAAUAUAUUGACAGAGUCAUACAAUGCUCCCAACAUGCCCUACCAUUUUUUUCUACUCAGGUGGAUUCUACACAAUUUGUCAAUUUCUUUUGUGAUCAUAUUUUGAAGAAUUGGAGUAAUGUAGCCACUACUGAAGGAAAUGACAUAAAACUGGAGCUGUUAAAGAUUUUUGCUGAAAUGACUGAAUUUUGUGGUGAUUUAGAAAAUUUGCAAAGCAAAGUUGACACAGUUUAUGAUGUUUUAAUGAAUUAUCUUCCAGAGGCGCCAGUUGAAGGUGAGGGUAAUGAUAAAAAGGAAGGUGAGAAAACAGAAGACUCCAAAAAUGCGGAACCAUCGUUACAAUUCUCUCAUGUGGAGUGCACUCUGUUCGCGCUCCACUCGCUGUGUAGGAAGUCACCAGAAGUGCUCAGCAGUGACCAAAAUAAAUUAAAAGCCCUACGUUUGAGACUGCAGUACACGGCAAGACUGACCCAAGGUUACAUAAAGAAAUUGAAGGAAGUAACAAAUAGCAAGAAACCUUCAACUGAAAUGACAGAAGAAAAUAAAUUAAAAAUUACAGCUUUGAAUACAACUUCGAACAUCAACACUCUCAUUCGUGAUAUAUUCCGUACGCCGCCCAGUUUUAAGAGCAAAGUGCAAUUAUCAUUCCAUACAAAGAAGUCGGAAAAAGAGGCUGUAACUGUACAAUCGGAUGAAAAAGAAACCGACUCUGCUGGUCAAAAACGCCAUCAACCAAUUACCUUUGACAAAGGAGAUAAAGAAUCUCCAGUGAAAAGAGCAAGAAGUGGUGACAGAAAUAUUAAAAUGUAUACACCACCGUCUGGAAAAUAUAGUUCACGAUUGAGCAAUACCAACUCUGGUAGAGGGAGAGGGGGUUAUGGUAGGAGGGACUUCCGAAACAAUGGUGCCCCCUUUAGAAGGCGCAGCAAUUAUUAAUUGCCAAUUAAAAAAAAAACAUGGAAAACAGUUAUCAUAAUUGAUUCGAUAUAAUUUUACAAACACCAAUCUAUUACAAAUAUAUAAUAGAAUGGUUUAUUUAUCAAGAAAUAUAAUAAUUUUAAUUAUACAUUAUUUGACAAAUAAUGUAUUAUGAAUUCCUCAAGACAUUAUUGAUUUUAGUUUGUGUUGAGUUUGGUCUUGGUUGUUUGUCCGUUUCAGCUUCAACAAUGGUACAGAAACAAGAUGUCUUCUUUCUUCAUCCACAGCUAAUAACCUAUCUCCCUAUAUGUAGUCACAGGUCUCUCGACUCUAGCAUCUAAAAAGUAAGUAUGAGUACUUGGUUAGGUCCUAGAAUUAAGAUGCAAAGAUUUUGAUGCCUCUCAUGGAUAAAGUAUCUUCUAAGUAUGUAAGUAUAUAAUGUAGGUUUUUAAUAAUUUGUAGAUUUGUGUCCUGAAUCCUGACAUAUGGAAAUAAGCAGCACUACAGUUCUAGUAAGUAAAUAUGGUAUUUAGUAAUUUAAUAAUUACUAAUUUUAUUUUAUUAUAGAUUUCCCGCCUACUGUGAAUCAGCGCCCAUUCCGGACUCAACUGUUUUUGGAAAGGUUUUUAAUUUCAGAUUACUUCUAGAACCUGUUUUUAUUACCACAGAAAUUUCGUGAAGAUUCCUUUUCUUCAUAUUGUGCCGCUAUUCUAUUAAUACAAUUAAUAUAAAAAA